CUCAGGUGCACUUAGACGGAAGAGUGCAGGGGAAAGUUAAAAUAAGUUGUCGCCUUUAUUGAUCUGUAUCUGUGUUCAAGUGGCUUAAACCAAUGGAAGUAAAUAAAUCCGACCUGUGCGAUAGUUUGAUAAUUUGGCUACAGACGUUUAAUGUUUCCUCAGCAUGUGACAGUGUUCAGGAUUUAACCAGUGGAACUACAAUGGCACAGGUUCUUAACAAAAUUGACCCAUCUUGGUUCAAUGAAUCAUGGUUGAAUCGCAUUAAAAGUGAUGUGGAUGAGAAUUCUAGAUUGAAGCUGAAUAACCUAAAGAAGGUUCUCCAGAUGGUUCUCAGUUAUUAUCAUGAGGUACUCGGCCAACUAAUCGCAGAAUCUCUGCACCCAGAUUUGAGUCUGAUUGUAGAGCGUAUGGAUGUAGUGGAACUAGGCAGAUUGCUCCAACUGAUUUUGGGGUGUGCAGUAAACUGUGAGAGGAAGGAGGAGCACAUCCAGAACAUCAUGACGCUGGAAGAGUCUGUGCAGCAUAAUGUAAUGACCGCCAUUCAAGAACUCAUGAGUAAAGAACUGGCAGGAACAUAUGGUGAAGCAUCUGGAGAUUUGGAACAACAGUUGCAAAAAGCCAUGGAAGACCUCGAUGAGGCUUGGGUAGAGAAGGAGGAAUUGACACAGCGGUGCCAGGAAUUGGAUACUCAGGUUUCUGCUCUACAAGAAGAAAGGAACAGUUUGUUGGCUGAGAAUGAUCUUCUAUCAGAGAGAAUACACCAAAUGGAUACAGUUGAUGAUCCACAGCUUGCAAACAAGAAGUACUUUAAUGUCCAGCUUCAGUUGGAGCAAAUACAAGAAGAGAACUAUAGGCUUGAAGCAGCAAAGGAUGACUAUCGUAUUCAUUGUGAGGAGCUGGAGCAACAACUGAUUGAAGUACAGCAUAGGAAUGAUGAAUUAAACAGUUUGGCAGAAGAAAAUCUCGCUCUUAAAGAUGAAAUUGAUGUUCUGAGGAAUUAUUCAGAUAAGGUAAUCAAAUUAGAGGCCUCAGUGGAGUCAUACAAAAAAAAGCUAGAUGAUCUGAAUGACUUGAAGCGACAGAUGAAAUUAUUGGAGGACAAAAACAUGAUGUACAUGCAGAAUGUAGUCAGCCUGGAGGAGGAACUGCGUAAAGCUAAUGCAGCCCGUGCUCAGCUAGAGACGUACAAGAGACAAGUUCAGGAGCUCCACAAUUCAUUGUCUGGGGAAAUGAGAAGAGCAGACAAAUUGGCUUUUGAGCUGAAACAGAUUGAGGAAAAGCAUGAAACAUUACUGAAGGAAAAAGAGCGAUUGAUUAUAGAACGUGAUACUCUUAGAGAAACCAAUGAGGAGCUUAAAUGCACACAACUACAGCAAGACCACUUGUUGCAAUCAGGUAAAUUCUCCCUGGCUUCGCACGAUCAUCUUGCAGCUGAAAUUCUUCCUGUGGAAUAUAGGGAGAAGUUCAUUCGACUGCAGCAUGAGAACAAGAUGUUACAACUGCAACAGGAGGGAUCAGAGAAUGAGCGGAUUUCAAUACUGCAGAAGUUGUUGGAUGAAGCAAAUCGGACCAAGAAUGAACUGGAGACAGAAAAUAGACUUGAAAAACAGCGUGUCCAAGAACUGCAACAUCAAGUAGAAGAUCUCCAGAGAUUCUUGCAGGAGCAAGGCACUAAGGCGGAAGAAUCUAAUGAACUAAAGAAAUUGGAUGCACAUCUAGAGAAACUUCAUGAAGCUCAAGAUGAGCUGCAGAAAAAGAAUGAGCUUAUUGAAGACCUACAGCAUGAAAUACAGCAGAGUUCUCAAAAUAUUGAGGAGUUGCAACGUGGCCUAACUAAAAAAGAUGAAGAUAUGCGGGCAAUGGAGGAAAGGUACAAAACGUACCUCGAGAAAGCUCGUAAUGUGAUUAAAGCUCUAGACCCAAAACAGAACCCAGCCUCUGCAGAAAUCCAGGCACUCAAAAUCCAAAUCAUUGAGAGAGACAAAAAAAUACAAAUGCUGCAGCGUGAUUGCGAGCAAGCAAAGCUUCGUGAGUAUGAAGAGAAACUGUUAGUAACAGCAUGGUACAAUAAGAGUUUGGCUUUUCAGAAGAUGGCUAUUGAAGCUCGACUUGAAGGCCUUGGUUCAAAUACAAAUCGUUCCUUCCUAGCACAGCAACGGCAGGUCACCAGUUCACAGAAAACACUCACGGUUGCCGUGCCUGCAGCACCUCCCAAAUAGAGCAACUUGGAAUCCGUAUGUGCAGAAUGUGUACUGUACGUUAAAAUACCUUAAAAAUAAAAGGCAAAAUUAUGAUUUAGAUCAGUGUUUUAUAAUUCUCCUCCUUCCAAGAAUAGGUUUCCUUUCUAAUGGAAUGUUUACCUUGAACUUGUAAAGAGUUGCUUUUUAUCACAUCUGAUAUAUUUUGUAUAUAGUAGCACAGAAUGGUAUGGGCAAAAGAUGGAAAAGGUUAGGAAUUCCUUGCAUUAAGAUUUAAAUUUGUAUAUAAAAUUGGUGUACAUCACAUUUUAAAAUACAAAGGUAGGUGUGAAUGUAAUCAUGUUCAAAAUACAUCUGUUCUUUAUAACAAAUCUUUACAUGUAAAUAAAAGAUUUGAUUUUUUUAAUUUAUUAAGAGAGAAUUGCACUUAAUGAGAUUACCUGAAUGAUGCUUAAUUAUAAAUUCUAAACUAAAUUUUGUUUCUACAGUAAAACAUUUAAAAUGCCUGAUGAGGUUUUAUUAUUUCAUUUCAUAUUUCCGUGCUUAAUUCAGAAAAUUGUAAUUUUAAGUUGGCUGAUUAUUAAUUUAUAUGUUGUCUUUAUUGAAGUUGAUUAUUGUUAUUCCAUUAAUUUGAGUACAUUGCAAUUAAAAUAUUCCUCAAUAUUUGGGUUUAUGCUUUUAUCAAUAUAACUGGAAUAGUUUUUGUAAUUUUGUUUGAUGUGCUUGUGGUGUUAAAUGAUGACUGGAUUACAUAGCU